CCCUCGUUCUCCUUCCCGCUGCGUCGCUGCUCCCUGCGCGAUGCCGUCUGCCGCCACGCGGCCGUGCGUGCAGUGCGCCGCCGCCGCCUCGCGCUACAACUGCCCGCAGUGCCGCGCCUCGACGUGCAGUGCGCCCUGCUCCAAGGCGCACAAGCUGCGCGCCCACGGCAGCGACGCCGCGGCCGGCCCCAGCUCGGCAGCCGCCAACGGCAUUCCCACCGGGCCUCGCAGCAUGGUAGCCACAGCGCCGACCGGGCCGCGCAGCAUCGUCGCAGGUGCGCCCACGGCGCCUCGCGUCAUGAGCGCCGCGGCCGCUCAGCCGGCACUCAGCGUGGCCAAGCGGCGGCCGCGCGACGGCGCCGAGCUGCUGCAGGACCUCGGCCUGCUGGAGCACAUCGGCGCCGCCGUCUCCGAGCUGGGCCGCAGCGCCGUGCGCGACGGCCUCUACGACGCCUACGACGCCUCGCUGCAGACGCCCGAUGCGGCACGCGAGGCAGCGGCCAAGGGCGGCCGCGCGCCGCGCCUCACGCACGGCCAGAUGAAGCGCCAGACACUCAGCAAGCAGAUCGGCUGGAAGCGCCUCUCCGUCAUGCUGCUGCCCGACGGCAUGCAGAUGCGGCAGGAGAACCAGACCAUGUGGAAGAAUCGCGAGCAAGAAUUUUCCUUCACUGUUGAUCUGCGCUUCCCGCAUGCUCCUGCAGAAGCGAGCGGCAGCGUGCUGGCCGCCAAAGAUGCGCAGGCAAAGGAGGGGAAGGUCUCGCGCAUCCUUCUGCAUCGCGUCGCGGGAGGGCGCCACGUCCACUCUCUCUUCGUCGAGGAGCUGCGCAAGCGGGCGCGCAAGGCUGCCGACGUCCCGGCGCCGGUCAAGGCCCCUGACACGUCCGCAGCCUCGAAGGGCAAAGGAAAGGGCAAGGGCAAGGCUCUGAAGCAGGAGCCGGCUGCCGCGCAGUCCUCGGCCGAGGAAGCGCUCUUCGCCGACGGCUUUCCGCCAGCUGUGCUGAUCAGCGCCGGACUGGAUCCGGACGCAUCAGCCAGCACGAGUGCUGCAGGCGCUACGCAUUUGCCCAGCGGCGCCGUUGUGCUACUCGGCAUCCACGCCGAGCGUCUGCGCAACGAGAGCACACCCAAGUUCUUGCGCUGGUGGGAGGGCCAGGUGCGCCGCGGCACCGUCGAUGCCGGCAGCAUCGAGACAUUCGAGGAGCAGCAGGCGGCACGAGCUGCACUCGAGGAGCAGGAACAGCAGCGCGUGCGUGACGAGCAGCAAGCGCAGCAGAUGCAGCAGCAAGCGCAGUGGGCGCAGCAACAGGCCAUGGCCAGGGGACCGCCGCCUGGUGGGUAUGGCGGCCCGCCACCCGGCGGCUACAGCGGUCCACCGCCGGGCGGAUACGCCGGCCCGCCGCCGCCGUACUACAAUGGUCCACCUCCAGGCGUGCCAUUCGGCGCGGCAUCGUCGUACCAGGAGCCGGCGCCGGCCGCACCGCAGCACGCACUCUCGCGUCUGACCAGCAGUUCGCUGCUCGGCAGCCUCGGGGCGAAGCUUCGCGGUCCAAACGCAGCACCAGCGCCAUCGGCAGCCUUGCCUUCUCCGACGCCUCAGGCGGCCCAGCAAGCUUCUCCUGCGCCUUCUGCGCCCAUCGCGCCCGCUGAGCCGGCGAAGAUGCGCCCUCCUGUCGAGAAGGCUUCGGCAGCUGCGCCAGCGCUGAGACACUUCGUUGCCAUCCGCGAUGCGGCUCUGGGCCUCGAGGCAAUGCUCUCGCAGCUCCCGGCCGGCUUUGCCGUCGUCGAGUACGCUCAGCUGGAGCUGUGGCCGCAGGCGCGCGUCGAGACAGCCGAGAAGGAAGGCCUCAUCCGCGUGCACGAGCUCGGCGAGAGCGUCGAGGCGCAGGCCGACAAGAAGCGCGAGCGCGAGGCUACCGCUGCGGCAGACGAAGAGUCGUCCAGCAAGCGCACCCGAGUCGUCAAGGCCGAACAAGAAUGCAUGCCCGCGCCAGCGGCCAGCGUACCCUCCGUUGCUUCCCAGCCAGCCGUUUCAGCUCCGCCAAUCCGCAGUGCGCCCGCACAGGCAUCUUCGGGCCUGAUGGGCCUUGCAGCCUACGACUCCGACUCGGACGCAGAGUCAGACGAGGAAGAGUCGCCGCCAGCCGCGUCUUCGUCGCGGCAGCUCUCGCCCGAGCAGAUCCGGUCGCGGCAGAUUGCGCGCUCUGAGCUUCUGUCAGCCGCACCGCGAGAGCCUUCGAGCGAGCCGGACGAGGAAGAUCUCGAGGAGGAGGAGGCGCGAGGCAGCGUCGCCGACAUUGCGCGUCUGCUUGGCAUCGCGCCGCCAGCGCCAGUGAAGCUGGAGCAGAAGGCGUCUGUCGUGGAACCGAAGUCAGCUCCAGCAGCAGCUCUGGCAUCGCUGGAGGAUGAGGUCGACUGGGGAGAGGACUAGCACGUCGCAUCGCAGUCCGGCAAUCUUCGUCGUGUCACUACUACACUAAUCGUCAAUCAUCAUUCAACGUGG